ACUAAUAUACUAUCGACUGUGACGGGAAACAUGCUAUCUUCAUAAUUCAUAUGCAUUCAGCAAUCAGCAUUGGCAAUUGGCGUUUUUAUUCGGAAUUUAAAAUUUAAAACUAGACUAAUUUAAGACCAAAAAAAUGAUGUAAGAUGUAACAUUAUAUUUUAAUAUUUUAACUAUACAGUAAAUAUAGAAAAAAUAUUAUGUCAAAAAAAAAUCGAAAACUCUUUUCUACAAGAUCUCAAAAAUAUAAAAAGAGCAUAGAAGAAUGUACAAAUAUUGUUGCCACUUCUCCGUUUUGGAUACACUUUUCAGCAACUAUUAAAGUGGAAUUAAAUGGAUCCAAUCCAUCAUCAAUCCUGUGCUAUGGAUUAGGAAAUUUUUUUGAGAGCAUACAAUCUAAAUACCAACUAGGUUUGCUAUUAACAAUUAAAAAUGAAUUUAAAGUGAAGAACUGUUAUGUUUAUGAUCCCAAAUUCACGGACGCUGAACGUUCCCAUUUAACGGAGAUUGGAUGUGAUUCACUCUGUGAAAAUGAAGAAGGAAAACGGAGUUUAUUACCCGGUACAUUUGUGUAUAUGCCUCAUUGUCCGAAACAGCUGCUAAAUAAUUUAUUAUGGGCAAAUUGGAAUAAGGAGAUACUUACGAGUUGUAUAAUUGUUUGUAAUAGCAUUGAUCAAACAGUGACUUCAACUUUAGACCGGAUUUUAAAUAAGUAUGCUUACUAUGUACAAAAAAUAUCUCCUCACGUCAUAGAAAAAAAAUGUUGUGAUGAUUUUAUUUAUGAUGAUGUAUUCAACGAUAUGGCACUUCAUAUAUUUCCUAAUGAAAAAUUAAAAGAACUUGAAGAUAUUUUUUGGGAACGAGGUAAAGAACCAUUAUAUGAUGAUGAUGAGCUAGAAUUUAUAACAAAAUUUGAGUGUAUGUCUUUCCAAUCUUAAUAUAUCAUACUAUGAUUAAACUUAAAACAACAAUAUGACUGUAGUUUAUGGUUCAUUAAUAAAUUAUAAUUUUUUGCUUAUAUAUUUUAGUAAUAUUGGGUGCUAACUAUAAACCUGAUUCUGACUCACAUUUUAUUUCUUCAUACAAAUUCAACUUCAAUACUAAUUUUCAGUGAGUAGAUGACAGCUGUUCAACAUUUCGUGUUCUACGGAUAUGAUAAAAAAGUUUUUAAUAAAACUUAUUAAAUACAAAUUAAAAUAGUUAAUAAAUAUCAUAUAAAUACACACUAAAUGUAAAUUUCCAUAGGUAUUAUUAAUUUCUUUUUUUUAUGGAACUGUUGAUUAAUAUAAGAGUUAUAUUAUAUUAUUUUAUAAUUAUUGUUCUAUGAUUAUAAUAUAUAAUAGUGAAUUCACCUAUUAUCAAA